AUGGGUAAGGGGAGCGGGCCGCGAGCGGACGCCCGGCCCUCUGUGCUGGGCUGAGGCCGCGGCUAUGGGAGGCGGACAGGCGGUGUGGGCAUCGAGGCCUGCGAGUCGAGACUGGGGUCCGAACCUGGGCUUGGGGCUGGGCGGGGGCAGCCGGGGACGCAGGGGCGCCCGGGGUCGCCAUGGCAACGCGCGGCCGCCCCUCGUUCCCUCCCGCCUCCGCCCCUGUUCGGGGGCCUAAUGGCCAAGGUUUCGCGGUCCGACGGCUUACAGGGAGCCCGCACAGGGCCGGCCGAGGUGCCGCUCCAGGGUCGGGGGAACAGUCGGGGACGGGCAAUGACUUUUCAGGUUUGGGGGUGGCGGAGGGAAGCGUCUCAUGUUUUGGCCUGGGUUCCGGACGCCGAGGGCGGGAGAGGGACAGCGAUGCGGCGCAGGACCCCGGCUACAAAAGACCCCACAGCUGUAGAGAGAGCAAACUUGUUAAACAUGGCUAAACUCAGUAUCAAAGGACUCAUUGAAUCUGCUCUAAGCUUUGGCCGCACUUUGGAUUCUGAUUAUCCCCCCUUGCAGCAGUUCUUCGUUGUUAUGGAACAUUGUCUGAAACAUGGUCUUAAAGUGAGAAAAUCAUUUCUAAGUUAUAACAAAACUAUCUGGGGCCCUUUGGAACUGGUGGAGAAGCUAUACCCAGAAGCAGAGGAAAUAGGAGCUAGUGUCCGGGAUUUACCUGGUCUUAAGACCCCCCUGGGUCGUGCAAGAGCGUGGCUUCGAUUAGCCCUCAUGCAGAAAAAAAUGGCUGAUUACCUGCGUUGCUUAAUUAUUCAAAGGGAUCUCUUGAGUGAAUUCUAUGAGUAUCAUGCACUAAUGAUGGAAGAAGAGGGAGCAGUAAUUGUCGGGCUGCUGGUUGGCCUGAAUGUGAUAGAUGCUAAUCUGUGUGUAAAGGGAGAAGAUUUAGAUUCACAAGUUGGAGUGAUUGAUUUUUCAAUGUAUUUAAAGAAUGAAGAGGAUAUUGGAAAUAAAGAAAGGAAUGUUCAAAUUGCUGCAAUAUUAGACCAGAAGAAUUAUGUUGAAGAAUUAAAUAGACAACUGAACAGCACAGUCAGCAGUCUCCAUUCAAGAGUUGACUCAUUAGAAAAGUCAAAUACUAAGCUGAUUGAAGAGUUAGCAAUAGCAAAGAAUAAUAUCAUUAAACUCCAAGAAGAAAAUCAUCAAUUACGAAGUGAAAAUAAAUUGAUUUUAAUGAAAACACAGCAGCACCUAGAGGUUACCAAAGUAGAUGUGGAAACUGAGCUUCAAACAUAUAAGCAUUCCAGGCAAGGGCUAGAUGAAAUGUAUAAUGAAGCCAGAAGGCAGCUUCGAGAUGAAUCUCAGUUAAGACAAGAUGUGGAGAAUGAGCUGGCAGUACAAGUUAGUAUGAAACAUGAGAUUGAACUUGCCAUGAAGUUGUUGGAGAAAGAUAUCCAUGAGAAACAAGAUACUCUGAUAGGCCUUCGACAACAACUGGAGGAAGUUAAAGCAAUUAACAUAGAAACGUAUCAGAAGUUGCAGGGUUCUGAAGAUGGUUUGAAAGAAAAAAAUGAAAUAAUUGCCCGACUAGAAGAGAAAACCAGUAAAAUUACUGCAGCCAUGAGACAGCUGGAACAAAGAUUGCAGCAAGCAGAGAAGGCGCAAAUGGAAAUUGAAGAUGAGGACAAGAAAUAUCUACAAGAGUAUCAGAGUAAAUUGGACAGUCUGCAGAAACAAAUCUCCCAAAAGGAGAAGCAGCUGGCGCAACUGGAAACCGAUCUGAAGAUUGAGAAGGAAUGGAGACAGACUCUUCGGGAAGAUCUUCAAAAGGAGAAAGACACUGUAUCUCAUCUCAGAAAUGAGACCCAACAGAUCAUUACUCUUAAAAAAGAGUUCCUUAACCUCCAGGAUGAAAAUCAGCGAUUGAAAAAAAUAUAUCACAAACAGGAGCAAGCUCUUCAAGAACUUGGCAACAAACUUAGCGAAUCAAAACUUAAAAUCGAACACAUGAAAGAAGCCAACAAAGCAUUGCAGGGACUGGUUUGGUUGAAAGAUAAAGAAGCAACACAUUGUAAACUUUGUGAAAAGGAAUUCUCACUGUCUAAGAGAAAGCACCACUGUAGAAACUGUGGGGAAAUUUUCUGUAAUGCCUGUUCUGACAACGAACUGCCUUUGCCUUCUUCACCGAAGCCAGUACGGGUUUGUGAUUCCUGUCACGCAUUACUAAUUCAAAGAUGCUCAUCUAAUUUGCCAUAAUAUUCCAGAACUAUUCUAAUGUAUGCAAAGUACCUACAAUGAAUGAUGAAUGUUACAUAUGAACAUGUGUACAAUGUAUUCAGACAGCCCUUAAGGAGCUUUCAGACAGCAUUGGUACCAGUUUUACUUUCACAUAUUCAACUCACAGGAACUCAAUGUAUAAUGAGAUUUCCUUUGCCAUUUUUAUUCAAAAAUAACAGGGCAUGCUUUAAAGUAACCUUAGUCUAAUUCCUGACUGUAGUUAUCAUGUAACUCUUUUCUUAAUGCCAUGGAGGCCAGAGAGCAGAGCCUACAUGUUUGCCAUAUUUUGUAAAGUGAAAUGGCUCAGUUGUGUCCGACUCUGCAACCCCAUGGAUGUAGCCUACGGAGGAGCCUAGUAUGCUACAGUCCAUGUCCGACUCUUUGCAACCCCAUGGACUAUAUACAGCCUAUGGAGGAGCCUCACAAUUGAAUGACUUCACUUUACAUGACAUUAAGAGUUACAGGGUAACUACAGUCAGAAAUUAGGUUAAGGUUACUUUAAAAGCAUGCCCUGUUAUUUUUGAAUAAAAAUGGCAAAGGAAAUCUCAAAUUAUACAUUAAGAGUUCCUGUGAGGUGAAUGUGUGAAAGUAAAACUGCUAUCAAUGCUGUCUGAGUAGUUAUCAUGUAACUUUUUCUUAGUGCCAUGGAGAGGCCAGAGAGCAUAGCCUACAUGUUUGCCUUAUUUUGUAAAGGCCUUCUUAAAAAUAGGGUUUCAGAUUAUUCUCCUCCAGAUUGUCAAAUUGAUAUUUGAUGGUGCCUGUAAUUUUUUCUUAAUGCACUUUAAAGCUUCACAGUUCUCGGAGAACGACUGGAAACGCACAUUUUAGAAGUAUUAAUAUUUCAACAGGUUUUUCAUUAGCUUGGUAAAGUGUCAACUGUAUUUAUUUGCUUCCCCUCCUCUGCCCAUUUUGCAUUAGAAAAUGCCUUCCUUCUCUGUAGUCAAUGUGGUAUUUGCUGAACUUUGUGAGUGAGAGGUAUUGUCUCCAAAUAUUUUGAAGUUAUAUCCAUUUCUUGGGGGGGGGACUCACACUUUAAGAUCCUGAAUACCACAUGGACAUGGCCAAAAAAAAGUCAAAACAUAAACUUUCCUAGAAAAAAAUGUAAUAGCCAGGAUUAUAGGCUCCUGAUUUUCCCUUAAGCUUUUUAAGGAGAAAUCUAAGUUAAACUUUGCCUUUGAUUAUGACAGGUUUGAGUAAAAAAGUUCUGUAUUACCUUUCCAGUCCAGUAACUUUUAGGAAGCAUUACACUGUGGCAGUCUACUACAGUAGAGUAAAAUACCAUUUAUUAGCACCUCCAAGCCAGGGCCUAGAGCCCUGCCAUUACAUAUAUACUUGAACUAUUUCAAGCAUUAAGUCAGUAAACACUAAUCCCUGUUAAUAGUUUAUAGCAUACCAAUAAUUUAAUCUUUAAAACUACCCUUGUAUAGUUAACUGUUUCCACAGCAUCACCACUUGGGGUUCUACUUUUUUAAGUCUUAAGUCAUGCACUUUUGAAUCUGUACCUUUUAAACAUGCCAUUAUUGGUAUCCACAUUACUCCUAAAAGCACUAGUAAAUAAAUCAUGGCUACUCCCUCCCUACUCAGAUAGCAUUGCUUAUUCUACAGGAUCAUUAUUAUCCCGAGUACAUACUUCUGUUGAGGUUUAAAAUUAAUUUUCUAAGUUGUCAAAGUAUGAAACCACUAUUUUACUUUCAGAUUUCUUUUUCAUAAUCCAGUUUUUUGUCUUCAAUCAGAAUGGACAUACAGAUUUAUAGGUGGUCUUUAAUGCUCUGAUAGGAGUAUUUGAAACAUGAAAUUAUAUUCUCUGAACUGUUUUGUACUGAUGGGAUGGGUUAACAUUUUUAUGACGAGAAGCAAAAAUGAAAAAUUUCAAGUGCUGUUUUUUAUUAUUGUGCUUAAACUUUAAAAUGUGAUUCUCUUAAAUACCAACCUUGGUUUCAUUCAACAAACCGUGAUUUUUAGUCCCAAUUUAAAUUCUUCACCACUCAUGUUAUUGCCAUUGAUUUGGGCCUUUUGUAGGCAGGCUUUUUCUAAGAAAAUACUGAAACUUGCUCCAUUUUGUUUUGACUUGUAUCUAGAAACUAUCAUCUAAUUUUGGAUUUCAUGUAACAGAACUUUGUGCGCUUUGUGUACUGUUCCCUCAUCUAGUAGUAACCUAAUGCUACCAUGGUGCCAAGGAAUUGUGAUUGGAAUUCUCAUAUUCACACUUCUCUAAAAUGUGAAUUUUAUAUAACAAAUAAAACACCUGAAGAAUUAA